AUAUGGAAAGACAUCUGUCUACUUUGUCUGUCUGUCAGGAACUGUAGCCAUGUAGCGUUCUUUAUUGAUAGUUACAUUUUUGCCUCUUUAUAUUUACUAUGUAAUUGCCUGUUGUUGCUUGGAUAUAUGAUUUUUAUUUAAAUUAGAAAUACCAUUUACAGUAAAUAUGGAUGUAUUUCACAGUUUUAAACCGUGAGUUCUUUGUUUUAAAUUAAUAUGGUGCCUCAUAUUUGCUUCUAUCUGUGCUUAGGAUUUUCGUAUCAAAAUUUUAAGAAGCUAAGCAUCUAUUUAAUGUAAUAAAUACUUGUAUUAAAUUUCAUUAGUGGUUAUAUAGGAGGAUAUUAUGGCUCAGUUUGGAAAUAAAUCUGGUAGGAAUAUAACUGAUUUAAUAUUUCAACGCGAGCAUGGAACUGAAAGUCUUCCAUUAAAAUAUGAAAUCGCUAAACUGAAAACGGAACAAUUGACAUACAGUUCAUACGUCCGUUCUCAGGAUGUGGUUGGAAAGGAAUGCGGGUUUCUUGAAGUUUCUAAUACUGGUUAUCCAAUUGGAGUGUUUUAUGAAGAUGUAGCAUUUCGAUACAGCGUUAGACGAUACAGUGCAAUACAUCAGUUCAUUAUUCAGUACAAUUCGCCAUGUGGAGGUGUCCGAAAUAAACCAUAUCCUUUAGUCAAAAAAGUAAGAUGGAGAGAAUCUCCAUUAGAACACAUGGAAGUAACUGAUGUAAAGGUGGUAGACUUAAAAAAUCAGACCAUUUGCCUCUUUUGUGGUAAUUCUGUUAAGUAUAGUGGUAUAGUCGCCACAGUUAUAUUAGAUAAAUCCACAGAUAAAGAAAGCAGUUAUGAAUGGCGAUGUAAGAAAAAUGUUUGGUGUUGUUGUUAUAAUAGUUUUCUGAAUCGCUUUGCAGUUGGUUGUGACGGAGGUUAUCAUUGCUUUGGCAUAUCUCAUUUCGGUAAUUUAAGAAAGAUGACAUGUAAUGUUACAGCCAUGGGAUUUAAUAACGAAGGAAAUGUUUUAUACUGUGGUACUGAUAAAUGUGGUGUGGCAGCUCAUGACUUGCGUGAAAAUUUGCAUCAGAAUUCUACAGCAGUGUCAACAGAAAAUGUGAAAGAAAUGCAACUGCUAUCUGAUGAUGUGUCACUUGUUGUAAGUGGUACUAAUGGUAAACUCUUAAAGAUUGACACUAGAAUGAAGAAAACUGUUUUUCAAUACUCCGAGCACAUAGAAUCUAGCAAGCGAAAGCCAUUUAGUCUUAGUGAAGAUCUCGAUGUGAUUUGUGGUGUUGGAGAUGAUAAUCUGAUAAGAAUAUGGUCAUUGAGUACUGGAAAACUUUUAAGACUGUUUGAUGAAAUACCAGAUCAUAAUCCUCAAUGCUGCUUGGUUUCUGAGCAGAGAAGAUGGUUUGUCUUUUUAAUUCAGGAUUUUGAGUUUAGUUUAAUCAGCUGUGAUGAAAUCAACACAUUAAUCGAAUAAUCUAUGGACUAGAAAUUUUGGGUUCCAGGAGUGUGUGAUUUAUGCAUCUAACUGUAUAUAUAUGUAGUACUGUAAAUAUUAGUUAUGUAUAUAUGCAUAGACUACAGAUAUUAAUUAUGUGUACUAUAAUUUUCUGAUAUAAUUUCGUGCAUUUACUGAUUGAUAACUUUUCAAUAUUUCAGUGUAAUUGAUACUUAUCAUCUUCAUGUUCUCUUUCUUAAAGCUUGUAUCAUCUUUACUGGCAUAUCCCUUUCCUUAGGUUUACUAAUUAUGUGUAAUCUGCUGAAAAUCAAUAUGGGGAAACUGUACUGUUUAUACUAUUUUAGAGGACACCAGUUUAAAGAAAAAUUGGUAGAUUAGAAACUGCAUGUGAAUAUAUAUGCUAACAUAACUGCAUUCUGUAUACCAAAGAACAUUUUUUGCCGUUCUUUUUAAUAAUGCAUUUAUGCCAUAUGUCUGUGCCAUGCUUGUUGCUACCAUAGAAUCCAAAGUUUCUAAAUCAUGUCAUGGAAGAUAUAGAGAAGAAAUAUUUGAAUGAAUAUGAUAUAUUAGCAUUGAAGUGACAUUUUGUAUUCAACAUCUAAAACUUUUAUUGUAAGCAUGGAUUUUUUUUUUAAUCUGGAGAUAAAUGCUUUUUUAAAAAAUCUUUUUUCACUUUAUAUUUUAGCAUAAAUGUGUUCUUAAUAUUUGCUAUGUUUUUGGUUAGAAUCUCUUUAUUUUUCAUCAAUUUUUGGACUGCAGAAUUUUUAUAUUUCAUUCCUAGUAAGUUAUAGAGGAAAAAAAGAAAGAAAUUUGAAUCUUCCCCUUUUUUUUUUUUUUUU